UUCUGGUCACGGCGCAGGCAGAGCUAGUUUAAUCAGACGCGGAGUAAUCAAACUGCCCACUAGUUGCAGCCCAGCGGGAGUCGUGCGGCGAGGCUGGCCGGUCGGAGUGGACGGUGCGGUCAUGGGCAACGGAAUCAACAAGGUCCUGCCUGAUCUCUACCUGGGCAAUUUCAAAGAUGCCAGAGACAGGGAGCAGCUGGCGAGGAACAACAUCACUCACAUCCUGUCCAUCCACGACACAGCUGCCCCAAUUUUACAGGAGAUGACCUAUCUCUGUAUCCCGGCCGCUGAUCUGCCUACGCAAAACCUGACGCAGCAUUUCAAAGAGAGCAUUAUGUUCAUGCAUGAGUCGAGGCUGAAAGGAGAGGGAUGUCUGGUCCACUGUCUGGCGGGUGUGUCUCGCAGUGUGACCCUGGUGGUGGCCUACAUCAUGACGGUGACAGGUCUGGGCUGGCAGGAGGCGCUGGCUGCCGUGAGGGUGGUGCGACCCUGCGCUGGACCCAACCCUGGCUUUCAGAAACAGCUGGAGGAGUUUGAGAGCACGCAAGCCCAGGAGUUCAGAGACUGGCUAAGGAGGGAGUAUAAGGAAUAUCCAUUCAACGAUGAGGAGCACAUCCGAAACCUGCUGGCUCAGAGUGCUUCCCCCAGCGGGCCGGUGCCUGGAGAGGCGCUGACCCACCUCAGGACGGUGGACACAUGAGGAGAACCAAGCCAGACGGUACAGUCUGUAUACUGAAGCAUUCCGCCUCAUUAUGAAUACGUGUUGGCGAUGGCUGCCCUGUCACUUCACACGGGCCUGGCAUUUUGAUCUGCACCCUCAUGCAACUUUGUAACUGUGUCUCUUACGUCGUAGGCUAGCACUGUUCCCUGACUUAUUGCCUUUUUGUAAAUGGGUGGCGUCAACGUUUUUACUGAAGCGAUGUUGGAGUUUGUUUUUCAUUGUACUCAGGAAUAGAGGUCAAAGUAUUAAAUCUAAUACAUUUGGGGAAUAUACUUUGGAGAAUGUGUGGGGCUUGUACUGAUUCCCUUUAGAAAUCCAUGCUUGUAUUCAUACUUUUUUCAAUAAAAUUAAAACCGUUAUUUAUGCUGAGUG